AUUUUUAGCGUCCAUUUCCGGUCUCUAGACCUAAUUCGCUAUAACCUGCUCUAGGUCCGUUUUCAUCACUUGAAUAGUAGAACAUGCUGUUAUGGUGCUUAAACGCUCUUUAAUUCUAACCUGCGUUAAUGUAAGCAUUUAAGAUGCACCGAAGAAUGGAACUGGUUUACUCCGUAGUCUCGAUGUCGAAGGUCAAUGUACUCUAUCGGUAUGGCCCCACGCGGUGUCCCUGAAGCUCGCUGGGCGCUGCUCUGAUGCCGGAGCGGGCGGCCUCGUCCGGCGGGAGGCGUCGCCGCUCCAGUGUGACCGGCAGCGACCCGCUCUGUCCCAUCUGUCUGGAGGGGCGCCGCCACGCCGUGGAGACCAGCUGCGGCCACCUGUUCUGCGCCAAGUGCCUCCUCGUGCACCGCGAGCAGAGCGAGCCGCUGAGACCCAUGCUCUGUCCCCUCUGUCGGCAGCAGGUGACUCUGCUGUUCCUCUGCUACACUGACACCGAACUGGCCUGCACAGAACCGGAGGCGGUCUCGGUGCGGUCGGCGACCCGGCGCACCGUAACAGAGUACAACCGGCGCUUCUCCGGCCUGCCGCGACCGUGGCUGGAGCACAUCCGUGACGUGCCGUGUUUGCUGCGCCACCUCUGGCGCGAGGCGGUCAGUCCCGGCGGCGUGCUCCUCCUGCUGCGUGUUCGCGUCGUCAUGUGCUUCCUCAUGGCGCUGGUGUACCUGGUGCUGCCGUUUGACCUGCUGCCGGAGGCCGUCUACGGCGCCAUCGGCCUGCUGGACGAUCUCUUCAUAGUGGUGGCGAUGCUCAUGUAUGUGGCGGUGCUGUACCGCUGGUAUCUGGCCGCACCGGACUGACCAGUGAGGGGUGAGCGUACCGGACUGAUUGUAAUGGACUGAUUGUACCGCGGUACCGGACUGGCAGCACCGGACUGACCGUAUCGGACUGGCCAGUGGCCGUAUCGUACUAACCGUACUAGACUGACUGUGACGCACUGACUGUAACGGACCGAUUGUACUAGACUGAUCCUACUAAGACUGACCGUACUACAGGCUGUCCGUACCGGACUGACCGUAUGAGACUGACCAGUAAAGACUGAGCGUACCGUACUAGCCUUACUAGACUGACCGUACUGACCGUAUCAGACUGACCGCACCGUAUAACUGACUGCACCGUGUAACUGACCGCACCACAUAACUGAUUGCACCGUAUACUGACUGUACCGUAUAACUGAUUGCACCGUGUAACUGACUGCACCGGACUUGAUGUACCGGAAAGAUAGUAUUGGAUGGUCCGUUCUGUUCUAACCUAUGACUACAUCCUAUUGAACAACAGACUGAAACUUCUGGCUCCCUAGCCGUCAGUCUCUAUACGAACGGCGGUGAAUGGCGAUCCAAAAGUGUCAACGUCGGAGGGGAUGGUCAAGGGUUUCAGGGUUUGACCGUGCAGUGUUCGGCGAGUGGCCUGUUUUAUCUACCGCUGGAUAUUGUUUUAUUGAGAAACACUUUCGAAUAUGUGACAGUUCCGUCCUUGGCGCGUGGCAGCUGUGCUUUUUGCUGUGUUAGCCUGGCCGUCAUGUGUCAAUAUUGUAUACAAUUGACUUAAAGGGACGCU